AUGAACAUAUACACUCCUGCUAGCGGUUUGUUCGACACCCACGUCACGUGGGAGGACAUUGAGGAAGAAAUGCAACGGGUGUUGGACACUAAUGCUUCAUUUGGACCCAACAAAACUGCUAGGAAUAUUGGAGAGGGCAAGGGCGUAAUGUCCAUAAUUGCACUUAUAGAGCCUGACUGGCAACGCAAAGACAAGGAUCUACCAGACAAAUUUGCGGUCAAAAUGGUCACCGCACUGGCUCUACAACGCGUUAUGAUGAGUAUGCUUGAGAAAACAAAAAACAUGGACUGCAGUUUCGUCACUCCAGAAUACAUGGCUGCCAUGGAAUACAUGCUGAAGCGUAUUCACAACACUGAGGUCACCGUGUACAGCCACUUGAUGAAGCUUCCAGAAGGCAAGGUUCCACUUGUGAAGAUCUACUCCAUGAAAAAAUUUUCGGAGAGCAAUCCACUCAAAGGAUAUAUAGUCAUGGAAUACGUGGACCACACCAAAAUGAUCCACAUUUAUGAAAAUGUCGAACCAAAGGCUCUAAAAAAGGUACUUCAAGCAAAGGCGGUCGUGGAGGCGAUGUCUCUUAAGUUCACUCAGGAGGAAAAGGAAGAGUUCACGGAAAAGCCUUUCAGUGAACUUUUUGCGCAUUUGUUUAGGAAAGACACACUCGGAAGCAUGAUAACGAUGUUACGACAGCUCGACGACGGCAAAUUAGCGGACAAAGCUGACAGAUUUGAAGAAAUUUUUCCAGACCACGCAGACUUGGUCCGAGCCGAUCGGAUACCAGAUGAGUUAGGUAUGCAGCGUGUUUUAUGUCAUGGCGACUUAUGGGCGCCAAACAUUUUGUGGAAGUCAGAACAAGGCGAUAUUGCUCCCGCAGCUUUGAUCGAUUUCCAGAAUGGACAUAUGGGUAGCCCAGCAAAUGACCUUGUUCGCCUGUUCACGACAUGCCUUAGCGGAAAAGACCGUCGAGAACAUUGGGAAGAGCUUCUGGAGGAGUUCUACGGAUACUUAAAAGAGGAAGCGGCUGAUCUAAAACUCCCAUACACUCUCGAACAGCUUAAAGAAUCUUAUCGGCAAUUCAUGCCGUUCAUUGGUUUUUUGGUUGUAAUUGCGAUUGGUUCCUACUUUGAACUAUUAUCCAAGGAUAUCGACGAGGAACAAAAGAAGAAGACUUUGAAGGUCGUGAUGGAGAAAACAAUAUGUCUGUUGGAUGACGUGCUUCAUUACCACGAUCGCAACAUGAAACUGAGGAAAGAAGAGCAAACCGUUUAG